AUGAGUGCUUCGAAGUUCAUUAAAUGUGUUACAGUUGGAGAUGGAGCUGUUGGCAAAACCUGCAUGCUCAUUUGUUAUACCAGCAACAAGUUCCCUACUGAUUACAUACCCACUGUGUUUGAUAAUUUUAGUGCUAAUGUGGCUGUGGAUGGGAGCAUCGUCAAUUUGGGACUGUGGGAUACUGCAGGUCAGGAGGAUUACAGCAGGCUGAGGCCCCUCAGUUACAGAGGCGCAGAUAUAUUUGUGUUGGCUUUCUCAUUAAUUAGCAGGGCAAGUUAUGAAAAUGUUCUAAAGAAGUGGAUGCCUGAACUGCGUCGAUUUGCACCAAAUGUUCCGAUUGUUCUUGUUGGAACGAAAUUAGAUCUUCGUGAAGACAGAGGAUAUCUAGCUGAUCAUAUGAAUUCUAAUGUCAUAACAUCUGCUCAGGGAGAGGAGCUGAGGAAACAGAUUGGUGCUGCAGCAUAUCUUGAGUGCAGCUCUAAGACACAGCAGAAUGUCAAAGCUGUUUUUGAUACUGCAAUCAAGGUUGUUCUUCAACCUCCAAGGAGGAAGGAGAUGGCAAGGAAGAAAAGGCGUCGAAGUUCUGGUUGCGCUAUUGUGAGCAUUGUGUGUGGAGGUUGUGUUGCUUAG